UUCGUGUUGACUUGAAGCAAUGGUUUGCAAGGCUGUCUAUGAACAUUGUCCUCAAAGUCGUAGCCGGCAAGGGCGACAACCGCAACAUUGCCACGGUGGAUGAGGAAGAGAAUUGGCGUUGUCAUCAUGCCUUGAGGGAAUUCCUGCAAUUCUUAGGGUUGUUUCCGGUGGCGGAUGCUCUUCCUUUCUUGAGAUGGUUGGACUUGGGUGGCCAUGAGAAGUCCAUGAAGAGGACCGCCAAAGAAUUGGACACAAUCCUAAGUGGUUGGUUAGAGGAGCAUAAAGGGAAUAGCAAAAAUUUGAGUGACAAUAGGGGUGAUCAAGAUUUCAUAGAUGUCAUGCUUUCGACCCUUAACGGCAUGGAAAUCGGAGGCUUCGAUGCUGAUACAGUUAUCAAAGCUACAUGCCUGGCGAUUAUAGCGGGUGGUACUGACACUACAAUAACCACCCUAACAUGGACAGUCUCUUUGUUGCUAAACAACCUUCAUGUUCUAAGAAAAACUCGAGAAGAACUAGAUGCUCAAAUCGGUAAACAAAGGCAUGUGAAAGAGUCAGACGUUACGAAUCUAACUUACCUACACGCUGUAGUGAAGGAGACACUUCGAUUACAUCCCGCAGUCCCGCUCUCCGUGCCACAUUUAUCAACUGAAGAUUGCAUCAUCACCGGGUACUAUGUGCCCAAAGGCACGAGGUUGAUCUUCAACUUAUGGAAAAUUCAAACCGAUCCAAAAGCAUGGCCUGAACCAAUGAAGUUUAGGCCUGAGAGGUUCUUGAGUAGUCAUAAGGAUAUUGAUGUAAAGAACCCUAAAUUUGGCUACAUGCCAUUCGGAAGUGGUAGAAGAAUCUGUCCUGGAAUGUCCUUUGGCCUUCAAUCGGUGCAUUCAAUGCUCUCUAGGUUCCUGCAUGCAUUUGAGAUAUCAACUCCCGAUAGCUCGCCUGUGGAUAUGUCGGAGGGUUUCGGAAUAACAGUUGACAAGCUGACGCCGCUCGAAGUAUUGCUCGCACCAAGAUUGCCUGACGAGGUCUACAAAUUGACAUGAAGCACUAGAAGAAUGAGAAACAAGUCAAUGAGCAAGUUAUUACUAAAUAAAUAGGCUCUCCAUGUCUAGCUUUUAUCUAGUCAAUUAUUAGUUGUAUAUUCAGACAACCGACGAUUUCAAUUCAGCAUGUCUCUCGUAAUAAAUAGGGAAUAGGUUGGCGCUUCA